AUGGCUCAGCUUUCAGUGUUUAUCCUAUUGCCUUCUGUCCUGAUUGUUGUUAAUUCUGCACCGUUGACCUGUUAUUCUCGAGUGCUGACUAUGAGAAACAAAAUAAACAACAAGAUUGAACGCCUGCAGUCAGAGCCAUUCGCAAAACGCUGUACUUCACAGUUACCUGACUUGUACAUAGAUGUUCAUGACUCCUGCAUGGUGUCCAAAAUGCGUGAUUACCUGCUUGCAGUGGAGAACUUAACUGAUCGACGUUGCCAGUACACACUUGACUCAACAGUAAGGCUGGUCAGACGCUUGUUUAUUAUCAUGGCAAAGUUCUGUCAGGCGGAACCUGCCUUUUGGACUAACAAGUGCAGUCUGUUGUAGAGGACCACAAAUGCUUCAUCCAAUUUGUUGAAAUAAUCAAAAGCCAUUUCUUUGUCACUUUUUUUAAAAAAAACGAUAUAACAGCUCAUCUGCUUAAAAUAUCUUCAUGUAGUAAAUCUAUUUAAGGGAAUGGAGAACUUGUUUUAUAAUCAGACCUGGUUCACUUACCUCAUUUGUUAACUCUGGAUGGGAUGCAGUUGAACUCUUAUAAGAGUCCAGAUACAAAUGUCAUUGAUUUCAAAAGGUUUAGGAUUGCACUGAUUAGCAACCCAGCUAUAAAUCUGUAGGAAAUUGACAAAAAUAAAUCAUUGAUUUU